UUCGUGUGUAAUUAUAUGUGUUAUACUUGUGUGUUGUUAUCCUUUAUUUUCCCAGUAUUUUUUGCCUAUGUACGAAAUAUAGAAUGAUGCAAGCUAGAAAGAGUCAAGUGUCCACAAAAUCUAGAAUUGCUAUUAAAAAAGGUAGCACUCUAAGGAAUAAGGAAAAUUUGCCAAUUAAUGUGAUAAAAAAGACAGAUGGGAAACUGACUUCAGGAAGCAUUGUGUCAAAGAAGAAUGAAGGUUUGACUUCAAGAAGGAAAGAGGCAACAUCAAAACAUGUCAAAGCUGCACCAGACUUUGAGAAACUGCACAAAAAAUGGCAAACAAAGUUAGCUAAAGGGAAAGCUGUUACAAAGCGUGCUAAUACCAAGAUUGAACCAUUCAAGCUUAAAAACGAAGUUGCUUUGAACCAAAAAGACAAAAAUGAAGAUCUGAUUUACUUGGAAAAAACUGAAAAUAUUGAAGAAAAGUUUAGCAUUGAAAGUAAAGAUGAAAUAACGACAGACUCCAACAUUUGUGAUGGAAGUAUCAAGUCUAAACAAGCUUUCAGUUCCCCUCCUCCCGAGACUCCUGACGUCUUCAAAAUUCCAAAGGCAACUGGCAAGACGUUUGGUGUUCCUUCAACUGGAACAUCGUCAGUAAAAAGGAAAGCAAUACGAUUUGAGAAAGAUUUUUUUGAGUUUAAGGUUGACGAUAAUGCAUUGCGAAGUAUUUUAAAUAAUGACAACAACAUACCAACACCAUGCAAGAGGAACUCUCGUAUAUCGUCGUCAGUACAGAAAAGAGCGUCCAUAUAUUACACUGGUUCAAGACCCGACCGUCCCCUAAAUGACUUUGAGAAGAGACUAAGCAUGCGCCGUGCGGCUGCUCAAAUGGCAAAAAUCAAAGAACAAGAAGAUAGUUAUAAGCCUUGUAAAACUAUAAUUGGUGUUCAAGAUAUUGACAACAGGUUUACAGUUAAUUGUACCCCUCUUCAAGAAGACAAAAAAGAAACAGUAGAGAGCCCAGAUUCCGUGGAAAACAGGGAGAUUGUGCAUGAUGUCGGUGAGAUAUCUUGGGCAGAAAAGUUAAAAAACUACUCUCAAACGCAGGGAGGCGUUUCUCCUGUUGUGGAGGAAGAAGAGGAGAUUCAACAAAAUGAAGAGGAUACGAAGGCUAUGAUUGCCAAACUUGAAGAGGAAGUAAAACAUACCCUUUCAAAUUUAACGGUGAAUAUAUCCAGUUUCAUGGCCACUAAUUUACAUUCUCAACUGCCAACCGAACCAGAGACUGGGGCUGAUGUAAGUUCUCACACAAGCAUUCCUCUUGGCCAAAGACAAAAAAAGCCAUCUAUUUAUCGUAAGUUAUUUUUAUCUCCUGCUGCCUCCGCGUCGAACUUUGGACCAAGAAAAACACAGUCAUCCUAUUUAUCGUCAGAUUGCUCUCACAUCACUUAUGAUAGAGACUCAGAAAAUGUGAAACCGUUAGAUUCAUUGGUUGUAGAUAAGCCUUCAAAACUACCAGAAGAACGCCUUUACCAUUCUACAACAAACUUUGCUCCAUCAAUUGGUAAUUUAUCCACAAUGCCUUUACCAACAUGUACCUUUAAUGAUGAAUCUUAUCUCGUCCAAUCUCUUUCAUUGGUUGAUCAAUUCGAUUGUACACCACGUGACUGCCUUUUUUCGAGCAUCAAUAAGGAUAGCAUAAUGUCAUCGUUUGAGAGCACACAAUCUGACAACAAUGUCUAUGUAAAAAGCAGUGAAUUGUUUCCUCGAAUCAUGACUCCACAAACGCAAGUUGAGAAUGUACCAUCUAGCUGCAAAACCGGAUAUGACGUAAGUUCAAUAAAGAGAUACGAUGUUGUUGAUCAGGUUGAUACAGUAAAUAUUGUGAAAGGUAUCCCUGUAACUGAUGCUAGAAAUGGAAGAAAUCCGCCAUCGUUUCCAGGAGAAUUAAUAGUCAGUGGAAACAUAAAUAAAAAAUAUGAUCAUUUAGCUGCAGCUAAUUCGUCUCUCACAAAAAAACUAAAGACAGCAGCCCUUGCACGUCAACCGUCUGCGUUUGCUACGGUUCAAAAUCUAUAUGUACAAAAAGUAAAUCAGCCCGCAUUUAUUGCGAAUAAUCAACAGGAAAUACUUGUUCCCACUCCCCUGAGACCCAAAGUUGGGAAAAACCCUUUUGAAACCGGUCAUUUUAUGCUACGUCAUCGUGAAAUCAUGCGCGAAGCCCUAGCGAAGAGCCGUGAUCACGCCCAGGAAGUGUUGCUGGAUUCUGAAGUUGCGAUGUGUGUAAGAAAUAUUGAGUUGAUGAGAAACCAGUACUGUAAUGACCAAAGAUUGCUUAAUCCAAUUGCCAGGUUGUUUAAUGAAGGUGAUGAAAUGCAUUUUGUUCCUAUAGUAGCGUGAGGUGAUACUUAUUUGAACGAGCCUUGCCAUCGCUGCAAGAAGAAAAAGACGGGAAAUAGGAAUUGUGAAAUUUGUGUGUAUCAAAAUUGUGUAAUAACAAUGUGCUGUAAUUACAUUAUAUGUUUAUAUUAUAGAAAUCUAUUAUCUAGAAGUAUUUCGCAUGCCGCUAUCGUAUAUAUUUAAUAAAAUAAGUUUUUCAAAAGCUUUGGAAAA